GACAUGCACUCCUGCAGCCGUGCUGGGUAACCUCCUCCGAGGGCGCCGCUGCUCUCUCUGUGUUUGUGUAUGUGGAAUGCGGGUCAAGCGGAACUCACGGGAAAAACUGCGCUUCGCAUCAAACUCAAACACCGGCUUUCAUCACUCGGACGUGCUCUGGUCCUGAUGCCGGAGCUCCACAGACAGAAGACGAUGAAGAGAAGCAGGCAUCCCAGCAGCAGCGAUGACUCAGAUAAUGGAAGUAAUUCCACCUGCUGGUCCCUGCAUUCAUCACAGCAUCGGAGAGGAACGGGGCAGAAACCCUCUGAGGUUUUUAGGACAGACUUGAUCACAGCCAUGAAGUUACACGACUCAUAUCCACUGAAUCCUGAGGAUUACUACAUCCUGGUAGAUCCAUGGAGGCAGGAGUGGGAGAAAGGUGUCCAGGUGCCUGUGAGCCCCCAGUCCAUUCCUCAGCCUCUGACCAGAGUUUUGGCAGAGAAAGGAAAGGAGGUCAUGUUCAUCAGGCCUAAGAAGUUGAUCCGGACGUCGGGCACGGAGGCGCUGGGCUACGUGGACAUCCGGACCCUGGCGGAGGGGAUGUGCCGCUACGACCUGAACGAAGAAGACGUGGCUUGGCUGCAGAUCAUCAAUGAGGAGUUUGCACAGAUGGCGAUGCCGCCGCUGGAUGAGAACACGAUGGAGAGAGUUAUGGAGGAGUUCGAACACUGCUGUCACGAAAACAUGACGCACGCCAUGGAGACGGAGGAGGGGCUGGGCAUCGAGUAUGACGAAGACGUGGUGUGUGAUGUUUGUCAGUCGCCAGACGGAGAGGACAACAAUGAGAUGGUGUUCUGCGAUAAGUGUAACAUCUGCGUUCAUCAGGCGUGUUACGGCAUCCAGAAAGUCCCCAAAGGCAGCUGGCUGUGUAGGAUCUGUGCGCUCGGCAUCCUCCCAAAGUGCCAGCUGUGUCCUAAAAAGGGCGGAGCCAUGAAGCCGACCAGAAGCGGAACCAAGUGGGUUCAUGUCAGCUGUGCCUUGUGGAUCCCAGAGGUGAGCAUUGGGAACCCAGAGAAGAUGGAGCCAAUCACCAACGUUUCCCACAUUCCCAGCAACAGAUGGGCUCUGAUCUGCUGCCUGUGUAAAGAGAAGACAGGAGCCUGCAUACAGUGCUCAGCAAAAAACUGCAGGACUGCCUUCCAUGUGACGUGUGGUCUCCAUGCCAGCCUGGAAAUGAACACCAUCCUAACUGAGGAGGACGAGGUGAAGUUCAAAUCCUACUGCCCCAAACACUCCGGGAUCCAAGGUACCGAGGCAAACCACCGCGACUCCGGGGACGAAGAGGAGAAGGAGGGGCCCAGAGACCAGAGAGGGAGGACGAAGAGCGACCAGGAGGAGCUCAGCAGCCGCCAGCAGGAGAAGAGGGUCAACCUCCGCAAGCUGAAGCUGCAGGAGAUGGAGGAGGAGUUCUACCAGUUUGUGGAUGUGGAGGAGGUGGCCAAGAGCCUGAAGCUGCCGGCCGAAGCCGUCGACUUCAUCUACCAGUACUGGAAGCUGAAACGCAAAGCCAACUUCAACCAGCAGCUGCUCACACCCAAGAAGGAUGAGGAGGAGAGCCUGGCUCGCCGGGAGCAGGAGGUGCUGCUGCGACGCCUGCAGCUCUUCACCCACCUCAGACAGGACCUGGAGAGGGUCCGUAACCUGACCUACAUGGUGACCCGGAGAGAGAAGCUGAAGCGCUCGCUGUGCAAAGUCCAGGAGCAGAUUUUCCAGAACCAGGUCCGGCUGCUGGACCACGAGCUGCUCAACGGUGAUCCUUCUGCAAAGGACCUGGAGAAGCUGUUCUCUGGGGGUUCCUUAUCCUCCCUUGGUUCCUUGUCCGGCUCCUCCUGGAGUGACUCUGGUCAGAAGAGCAAACGAAGCUUGCAGAUACGGGAAAGAAGGAAAAGCUCAUCAGACUCCAUGAAUGCUCCCAAAGAGGACAGUCAGUGCAAGCCGUCAGAGAUUAAGGAAAACAAAAGCUCCCGAAGCAAAGAGCCGACCGCCACGGAGCCUGCAGGCGAGGUCAAAGUCCAAAAGGCCGAGGUUAGCGAGGGGCCUUUUAUGAAGCUCUCAAAGCCUGAGAUGAUCCAGGAACGCGCCUCCAUCAAGUUGCACAAGCUUGAGAUUAGGAAAGGCCCCAGAAGAGAGGCGCCAGAAGCAGAAGUGACGUUCAGUCACAAACCAGACCCGGAGCAAGAGGAGCGAGGGAGGAAGAGGAGGAGUGAGGAUGCAGAGAGCUUCCCCUGCCAGCUGAAGAACAAGUUCAGCUCCAAACAUCUGGAUAAAACCGUCUCCAUCAGGCUGGUGGACAUCAGAAACUCUGACUCCGACGAGUAUUUAUUCGAUGAUGGGAUGGCCAGACGUAGCAGCGGUCCUUUGGAUGUUACUCCCACUGCAAAGUUUAAAACCAGCAUGGUUUCGGAGGUCUCCAAAACUAACGGCUGGCUCAGGAAGCCCCUGAACAGCGGCUCCAGCGGCCCAAACGGAUCCGUGCCGGGACAUCUGAAAGGCUGGGGGAAGUUCCGGAUCCCAAAGAGGAACGACAAGCCUCUGAGCGCUGCGUUGAAGCAGGGGGAGGAGCUGCAGCAGAGCAACCCUCUGCUCAGACCGCUCACAAACACCCCAGACCCAGCGUACCCCAGAACGCGGCUCCGCACGGUGCCGGAGCCCGACGGCGAACUGGAGCCCUGCCUCAAACGAUGCCACUCCCACGAGUUGAGGGGCGACUCGUCCCUGGGGCGGCGCUACGCCUCUGACAUUAUCCGCCGAGGCGUGCUGGCCUCCUGAUGAAGAGCCCGCCGCACUGUGGUAUUCAGAAAAGAACUCUUUG